AAUACUAGUCAGGGAAAUUGACACAGCAGUGCUCUGUCAGGACAAGCCGGAGAGCUUGUCUACUGAGGCUAUAUGAGUGGAACUGAGAAAUAAGAAAGGGAUGACUACCUUAAUGGUAUUAUAUCAUAGACCAUCCAUAGUCAGCAGGUUUUAGAGGAUCAGAUUUGUAGAGAGAUCGUAGACUGUUGCAAGAAACAUAAGGUUGUGAUAGUAGGUGAAUUUAACUUUCCACAUAUUGACAGGGGCUCCCAUUCUGUGAAAGGGCUGGAUGGCAUAGAGUUUGCCAAAUGUGUUAUGGAAAGUUUUCUUAAUCAAUACCUAGAGAUCCCACCUAAGAGUGUGAUACUAGAUCUCUUAUUAAGCAAUAAGACAUGGCCAGUGACUGAAGUUUGCACCAAGUGAUCUUAAUGUCAUUAUUUACGAGAUAAUCAGGGAGAAGCAUAGGUCUGGUCUUUGGGUUGAGAUUCCAAAUUAGAGAAAGGCCAAUUUUAAUAGUACCUGAGAGAAUUUGGCACCUGUGUAUUUGCACAGAGGUUUCUGGCAAAGGUGUGUUUGGCAAGCGGGAGGGCUUUGAAAGGGAAAUUUGUGAGUACAGAGUUUGUAUGCUCCUGUCAGAAAGAAAAGCAACAGUACAAUGAUUAGGGAACCUUGUUUUUUGAGAGAUAUUGAGGCCCAGGCUAUAUAGGCAGGAAGGAACAAAAGAGGUACUUGAUAAGUAUAAAAAUUCCAAAAGUACACUUAAGAAAGAAAUCAGGAGAGCUAAAAGGAGGCAUGAGGUUGCCCUAGCAGCAAGGUGAAGGAGAACCCCAGGGGCUUCUACAGAUUUAUUAAGAGCAAAGGGAUAGAAAGGGAUAAAAUUGGUCCUCUUGAAUAUCAGAGUGGUCAUCUAUGCAUGGAGCAAAAACAGAUGGGGGAGAUCCAUCUUGACUGGGACAGAAAAUGGAUUUUUUUGCAUCUGUAUCUACUUGGGAGGUGGACACAGAGUCUAUGUAAGUGAGCUUAUAGUCCAUAAACAUAUUAUGGAGGAGGAGCUGUUUUUCACUUUGAGGCAAAUUAGGGUUGAUAAAUCCCCAGGGCCUGGCAAGUGUUCCCUUGGACCUGUGAGAGGCUGGUGCAGAAAUCCCAUGGGCCCCAGCAGAGAUAUUUGAAACAUCCUUAGCAAUGGGUGAAGUGCCGGAGGAUUGGAGGGUAGCUAAUGUCGUAUUGUUGUUUAAGAAAGGCUCUCAGAAUAAGUCAGGAAAUUAUAGAUCAUUGAGCCUAACAUUAGUAGUGGAUACAUUAUUGGAUGGUAUUCUAGGGGACCUGAUGUGUGAGUAUUUGGAUAGAGAUGGUCUGAUUAGGGAUAGUCAUCUUGGCUUUGUGCAUGGUAAGUGAUCUUAUCUUAUAGAGUUUUUUUUUUGAGAAAGUUACCAGGAAAACUGUUAAAAACAAGCAGUGGAUGCUCUCUGCAUAGACCCUAGCAAGGCCUUCAACAAGUUCUAAUGGGAGGUUUGUCAAGAAGGUUUGGUCAACUGGCAUUCAGGAUGAGGUAGAAAAUUGGAUUAGACAUUGGCUUUACAGGAAAAGCCAGAAGUGGUAGUGGGCGGCUGUGUUUCUGUCUGUGACAACUGGUGAGCCACAGGGAUCAUUGCUGGAUCCAUUGUUGUUUAUCAUCUAUAUCGGUAAUCUGGAAAAUAAUGUAGUAAACUGCGUUAACAAAUUUUUAGAUGGUGCCAAGACUGGGGGUGUAGUGGACAGUGAGGAAGGCUAUCAAAGCUGGCAGUGGGAUCUGGACUAGCAGGAAAAACAUGCUGGAAGAUGGACAAUGGAACUUAAUGCAGACAUGUGUGAGGAGUUGCGCUUCAGGAGGAUAAACCAGAGUAGGACUUAUAUGGUGAGCAGUUAUUCAGAGGGAUUCUGGAAAUACAGAUGUAUAAUUCCUUGAAGGUGGUGUCAAAGUUAGAUAGGGUCAUAAAGAGAGUUUUUGGCACAUUGGCCUUUAUAAAUCAAAAUAUUGAGAAGAGGGAUUGUGGAGUGAUGUUGAAGACCUAAUUUAGAAUAUUAUGUGCAAUUUUGGUCACCUACCUACAGGAAAGAUAUCAAUAAGAUAGAUAGAGUGCAGAGAAAAUUUUCAAGGGUAUGCCAGGAAUUGAGGACCCAAGUUACAGGCACUUUAUUCCCUACAGCAUAGGAGAAUGAAAGGAGAUUUGAUAGAGAUAUGCAAAAUUAAUAGGGGCUUAGAUAGGGUAAAUACAAACAGACUCUUUCCACUGAGGUUGGGUGAGACUAGAGCUAGAGGUCACGGGUUAAGGGUAGAAAUUGAACUGUUUAAAGGCAACAUGAGUGGGAACUUCUUCACUCAGAGGGUAGUGAGAGAGUGGAGUGAGUUGCCAGCAAAAGUAAUAAUGCGGGUUCUAUUUCAAUUUUUAAGAGAUAAGUACGUGGAUGGGAAGGGUAUGGAAGGCACAGUCCGAGUCCAGGAUGCGGCAGGUUCAUGUUUUGGCCUAUAGACUAGAUGGGCUAGAUGGAUAUGAAAUUAAUAUCUGUCCGCCAUUUCCAUCUACAACUGUACAUGCUAAUGUUGGAGAACAUGCCCGUUUAAGAUGUCGGCUGUGCAAUGGAUCCAGUCCAAUUAACCUGAGUGAUCUUCAAACACAUGGAUUUACAAUUUCUUGGUUUAAAAGCAAUUUCAAAAGUGGAUUAAUGGAACUUUUAGACAAUGGGAACAGAAUUGCUGCUCAAUGGCCCUUCUUAGGAUUUUGGCCUGCAUUUGUCAAUGACACUGGAAGAUAUUUUUGUUCUCUCUUCAAUGGAACUCACAACAUUUCAGGUCCAAAUGUAAGUUUGGAAGUUAUACCAAUCAGUGAAGGAUGUUACAGUGAAGAAUUAGAAUAUACCCGGAAUGGAUACAUUGGAUUAUCAGUUCGAUUUGAUUGUCCAGACGUGGAAGAGUACAAGCAUAACACAAAGAAUCUGAAGUGGUAUAAGAAUUGUCAAGAGGAAGUUGCUACAGGAUCACCACUGGACUUUCAUUCUCUUGGAGAGGAAAAUGCUGGACAUUACACUUGUGUACUUUCCAUUGAACAUUAUGGAAGACAAUACAAUGUUACAAGGACUGUGGAGUUAAAACUGAAAGAAGCCUAUUUUGAACCGAAGUUGAUUUAUCCAGGUCAAGAACACAUUGAAGUUACUCUAGGUGAAAGAAGAGUUAUUAAUUGCACAGUUUUGGCUGGCCACAAAAGUAAACAGGAUGUGAUGCUAACUUGGAAAUCUCAACAAUUUAAAAUACCUGCUUGUAAGCUUGAAGCACCAGUCUGUAAAGGGAAGAGGAGCGAAACAAUUAAAGACAAUAGAGUGUAUGUUGAAAUCCCACUGGAAUUUACCAAAGUUAAAGAAGAGCAUCUGAAUCACCAUUUUAAUUGUACUUUGCAUGGAUCAGGAAUCAUGUUGACAGGAUCUAUUUUUCUCCAGGAGAAAGGCAAAAGUGCUGCACCUCACUCUGUUGGAUUAUUAUUUUUUGCUAUUGUUGUGCUUUUCAUUUUGGCAUGCGUUUGUGCAUAUUUCAAAGUACAAAUUGCCCUUUGCUUCAGGGAUCUCACUGGAAGAGAUGAAACUCGUGGAGAUAACAAAGAAUAUGAUGCAUAUGUAUUGCUCCUUAAGAAUGAUGAUACCCUCCUUAAUACUCACGAAGAACAAAAAUUUGCUUUUAAAUCGUUGCCUGAAACUCUAGAAAAAACAUUUGGUUAUCGUUUAUGCAUAUUUGAACGUGAUGUUGCUCCAGGAGUGGCAUCUGCAGAGAGUAUUCUUUUAUACAUUAACAAAUGUCGAAGAUUAAUUAUAAUCCUCAGCAAAGAAUAUGUGGAUGAUCAUUUCAGCUCCACAUAUGAAUUGAUGACUGGGCUGCAUCAGGUAUUGGUUGAAGGAAAAAUAAAACCAAUACUAAUUCAAUUUAAGCCUAUAAACAACACUAAGUCACUCCCAGAGUCACUUCAGCUUGUUCUGAAAUCAAAAGGAACUGUAAAAUGGGAAGAAGGCAAAAAUUCAUAUUUCUGGAAGAAGCUACGAUAUUUGAUGCCAGUGAAAGGUCAUCAGGUUCACUCUGGAAAUCUAUAAUUGAUGGUGUCGAAAAUCAAAGUUCUACUUGUACAUGCUGCUAUUUUAUCCUUUGCACUUUUACAUCAAUCUGCAUUUGGAGGGAUUUGACCAAAAUACAUCUUUGGAGCAGUACAAGUAGCUGUACCAAAAUGGCAUUUAUUGAAAUGGUAGUAUAAAGUAAACAUCAGAUCAAGAUUACUUCAGUUAUUUAUACAUGCAUUUAUGUGAAUUAAAUUUAUCUAUUUUUGUAUCCAGAUGAGAAUCUCUGAAAGUUUGAUAAUGCUUAAUAAUGGAGAUUUAAAAAAAAAUGGUGGAUAUAUGCAAGAAGACUCAUGAUUAUGUUUCAGUUGAUAGUUAAAGAUUAGUUAUGCUGUGUGACAAGUUCCAUCUUAUUAUCACUGUAAGUUAGAGGACAACUAUCUCUACUAUGCAUAUGAGAUUCACACCGUACAGGAUUGAAUCACUACAAGCUGCAAUGAAGUUCAAUGUAAAGAGUGACAACAAACCCGAAAGUCUUAUUCUGUGAUGAAGUAUCUUUAUUAGAGCUGAGAGAUGAUAGUGACCUAAUGCUGGUACUACAUCCUUCAAUAGCUGCUCUCCUUGUACACUAGUAGAGAGAAAAGACGACCAGUCAGGGUCUGCAAAUUCCACUUUCCCGAGCAAUGGCAUUGCACCAUUGCUGAAUAUAUAUAUAGAAUUAAAUUCUCAGUCUCAUGAAGACUCACCAACCCUAGCAGACAUCAUCGUCAAUUCUGAAGAACUGCUGUCAGCAAUGCAUUGUUUGAGUUGACAAACCACUAAAGAUCCAAUGAUGUCUCAUGCUGAUUGACAGUUUACCUCUUCCAGUGUCUUUAGUCUUUUAAGACCAGAGUCUACCAGCUGCUGUCAUGUCUCCCCAGUUUUCUGUUAGUUCACCUGAUAAAGUUUCUGCUAUACACCCCUUCUCCUCAGUGCUUGCUAGGUAAUUCUGUUGAAUUUCUUUAUUUUCCUCUAAAUGCCUACAAGAAAAUUAAUCUCUAGGUAGUAUAUAGUUAUGUUACUAUGACCUUGAUAUGCACAAAUAUCAAUUUAUACUUUGUAUUCAGUAUUUAUAUAAAAGCUAAAUCUUUCUGCUGCA